CAGGCCCGUUCUUUCUGCCGCGAGAUGGAAAAUUAAUCGUAGCUCAACAAUCCCCAGUCCAUCGCUGCAGUGCAAAACGAACACCGGAAGGUUAAUUUCUGAACUCUGACAUGUUCGACUAUGCGUGUUUCGAAAGGGGAUUGUGUUGAGCACAGUUCGAGGGCGGCAUUAUUUAACGUUUCAACUUAAAACAAGCUUGAUUGCCGACUCCACUCCCUGGCGGAUCCACCAUUGCUCCUGAGACAAUCUUUGCGCCAGAACAGAUUUGAACCCUUCCUGAUUCCAAGGUGGGGAUGGCCUUCAUCUCUAGCAGCGUUCGUGACCUUUAUAACUGAGCCUCCGACAUCUUGGUGUUCAUGUCGGCUCAUUGUUGCAUCCUUCCUGCACUCGUUCAUUUUCCUGUCUUGUCACUCUUUUCUCCGCGACCGGUUCGCUUCAACCCUUACGUUCUUUAACAAAGGUUCUUCAUAUCAAUCACUAUGCGCUACUCCUCCGUCGCUGUCCCCUUGGCCCUCGCUGCCCGCGCCGCUGCUGUCGAGAGUGAUGUCUGGGCCUUCGGAAACGGCUUCUACACUGGCCCUCCCACCAAUGCGCACAUCACCAGAGCCACCUGGUCCUUGGUGCCCCCGGAUGUUCCCUCGAACUUCACCGUGAACAACACUGACGAUGAGGUCUGGGUGUCGCUGUGGAUUGGUCUCUCCUCUACCGCGGGUGACUACGACGCCGAUCUUUACCAGCCCCUGCUGAACUGGUCCCCCGACAACGAGUCCCAGGGCUGCCCCGCCCCGGAUGACGAGUGGUGUGUCGCCGCUAGCACGUACACUCCUGAUGGCCAGAAUGGCCAAGCCUACGUGACUGUUCCUGCGGACACCCAGGUUGACUUUGAGGUCUACGUCGAAAACGACAAGGUCUACCAGGUUGUCACCAUGAACGGCAAGACCGUCUCUAAGGAGAGCGACGCCCUCGACAACCCCCUCCUCUACCUCUACUCCGGAGACGAGUGCUACACCGGCUCCGGUGACUGCGGUACCCUCCAGUCCUACAGCUGGAACAACCUCACCAUCCACCUGAGCGCCGCCGACGAGAACUUCGGCGACACCCUGUCCCUGUACAGCGGUUCCUCCUCCAACGGCCUCACCACCUCCGACAAGGGCAAGACCUGGCACACCGAUGCUAUCAAGAUCUCCAAGGACACUUUCGCCACCAUUUCCGACUACUAGGUUGAGAUGGGAUGGGGCUGGUUGAUGGUGUAUGUAUGUGAUUGGGGACAUUAUGACUGCGAGUCGGUCGCGAUAUCUUAUUCCAUUCUAAAUUUUUGCGUCUUCUUGUUUUUAUCUCGUUGGAGGGAUGUAUAAAAUAGUAUAAAAUGUAUAUACGUCGAAGUCAG